ACAAGGAGACACUGAGUACCAACCCCACAACCAGUACUCCUCCACAAACACUAAUUUCAGGCAUCAACGUUGCGUAACCGUAAGCUCCUUCCUUCCUUCACAUGCAAAGUACUCACACACUCCAAUUUUUCCUUGACUAGAGUGUUAUCAAACUCGGCUCGGACCGGCUGGCUGAACCUGAUUAUAUACUCUCUCAUCAAACACCAUGUGCUUCACGGUCACCCUGUCAUCACCCAACCCCACUCUAAUUUCUCCUUUCAUGUAACCUCAAAACCUUCCUUCUCUCUCUCCCAUGGUUACUCUCCAUCUUCAACCAUGCCUACCUUCUCCUCUCUCCCUCGGUGGAUUGGUAAGAAGCUUCUGGGGAAGAGUCCUCUGAGUACAGUGAGCAACAUCGGAGAUGGCAGCGGCGGCGGCGAUGCUGCAACCCCAAUUGUUGAUGACAGCAGUCCUAUCGGAAGCGUGGUGGAGUGUUAUGCCUGCACGCAAGUAGGCGUGCCGGUGUUCCACUCCACCAGCUGCGAUAGCUGUCAUCAACCUCAAUGGGAGGCAUGUGCGGGAUCAUCGCUGGUCCCGAUACAGAACCGAACAGGGGGGAAGACCCAGAGUUUCAGCGCCCAUUCAGGGCCGUUCGGGCACGUAGUGGAUCCGAGGAGCAAGCGCGUGCAGGUGUGGAACCGCGCGUUGCUGCUGGCGCGUGGGGUGGCGCUGGCCAUAGACCCGUUGUUUUUCUACGCGCUGUCAAUCGGGAGAGCGGGGUCGCCGUGCUUGUACAUGGACGGUGGGCUUGCGGCGAUGGUGACGGUGGCGCGCACGUGUGUGGAUGCGGUGCAUUUGCUGCACGUGUGGCUGCAGUUCAGGCUGGCGUACGUGUCGAGGGAGUCGCUGGUUGUUGGGUGUGGGAAGCUCGUGUGGGACGCACGUGCCAUCGCUUCUCACUACCUGCGAUCGUUGAAGGGAUUUUGGUUUGAUGUCUUCGUUAUCCUUCCAGUUCCUCAGGCUGUGUUUUGGUUAGUAGUACCAAAAUUGAUAAGAGAAGAGAGGAUUAAAAUCAUCAUGACCACAAUGUUGUUAAUUUUCUUGUUCCAGUUUCUUCCCAAGGUUUACCAUAGCAUCUGCAUGAUGAGAAGAAUGCAGAAAGUCACAGGCUACAUCUUUGGAACCAUUUGGUGGGGCUUUGGUCUCAAUCUCAUAGCUUACUUCAUUGCUUCUCAUGUUGCUGGAGGGUGCUGGUAUGUCCUUGCUAUUCAACGUGUUGCAUCCUGCCUGAGGCAGCAGUGUGAGAGAACUCAUGGGUGCAAUCUCUCUGUGUCAUGCUCAGAGGAGGUGUGCUACCAGUCUUUGCUACCAGCAGGCACCAUAGGAAAUCCAUGUGGUGGAAACUCAUCAGUAGUGUUAAAAAAGCCUUUGUGCUUGGAUGUUGAAGGACCUUUCAAAUAUGGGAUCUACCAAUGGGCACUUCCAGUCAUAUCUAGCAAUUCUUUAGCUGUAAAGAUUCUUUAUCCCAUUUUUUGGGGCUUGAUGACCCUCAGCACUUUUGGAAAUGAUCUUGAACCCACCAGUGACUGGCUAGAAGUUAUUUUCAGCAUAUGCAUUGUACUCAGUGGACUACUGCUUUUCACUCUGUUGAUUGGUAACAUCCAGGUAUUCUUGCAUGCUGUCAUGGCAAAGAAGAGAAAGAUGCAGCUGAGAUGCCGUGACAUGGAAUGGUGGAUGAGGAGGAGGCAGCUGCCAUCGCGAUUAAGACAAAGAGUUCGCCAUUUCGAACGGCAAAGGUGGGCAGCUAUGGGAGGAGAAGAUGAGAUGGAAAUGAUCAAAGACUUGCCUGAGGGGCUGAGGAGGGACAUCAAGCGCUAUCUUUGCCUGGACCUCAUUAAAAAGGUACCUCUUUUCCAUAACUUGGAUGAUCUUAUUCUUGAUAACAUCUGCGACAGGGUGAAGCCCCUAGUUUUCUCUAAAGAUGAAAAGAUAAUUAGAGAAGGUGACCCUGUACAGAGGAUGGUGUUCAUUGUCCGCGGACGCAUAAAGAGAAACCAAAGCCUCAGCAAAGGCAUGGUAGCCUCCAGCGUCCUUGAACCUGGAGGGUUUUUAGGCGACGAGCUCCUCUCAUGGUGCCUGCGCCGCCCAUUCAUUGACCGGCUCCCGGCUUCCUCAGCCACAUUCAUAUGCAUCGAAUCAGCUGAAGCAUUUGGCCUCGAUGCUCAUCACUUGAGGUACAUCACUGAUCACUUCAGAUACAAAUUCGCCAACGAGCGGCUGAAGAGAACAGCGAGGUACUACUCAUCCAAUUGGAGGACAUGGGCUGCUGUCAACAUUCAAUUUGCUUGGAGACGUUACAGGAAGAGGACUAGAGGAGGUCCAGUGACACCUGUGAGGGAGAAUAAUGGAGGCGCUGAUCAACGCAGGCUUUUGCAGUAUGCUGCAAUGUUCAUGUCAAUAAGGCCACAUGACCACCUUGAAUGAAAGAGCGUGUCUGUGUUUGGUUUUACUUCUGUUUUGGGUUUAAGAUCCUCAAUAAAAUCGUGUCUCAUCAAGUCCAUUAGACCUUUGAAGUUAAUAUGGAAUGGUAGUAGUGGAAUCAUUCAUGAAAUGUAUAGGAGAUAAAAAGAAAAUGAGCAAGAGUAUUUGUAAAAUCAUUGGAUUUCCAUUUGUUCAUUUUUGCUAUAUGGUAUCCUUUACCAUUUUUCUUAAUGAAUUUAUCAUGUUUGGAUCA